AUGUUCGGACGGGUCCUGCAUUCGCGCCGCUCCGGCGACUGCUUUAUUAACGUCAACGUCGGCGGUUUCAAACAGCGCGUGGACUGCGACGCCCUGAAGCGGUUCCCGCAGACGCGUCUGGGUCGCCUCCUGUCUUGCAGCUCCCACGAGGAAGUCCUAGAGCUCUGCGAUGACUUCAGUCCCUCUGAGUACUAUUUUGACCGCAGUCCGCGUUUCUUCCUCUACGUUCUCAACUUUUACCUCACGGGCAAAAUCCACCUGGCGGACGGGUUGUGCGUGCUCUCAUUUUCUCAAGAGAUUGAGUACUGGGGCAUCACGGAGCGCCACCUGGACUUCUGCUGCAGCAACAAGUUCCACGAACUGAUGAAGCUCGCGGAGGACAAGUCUGUGGAUCAGGGGAGCGGUGAACUGCAGCCUCACAGCUUGGACUCGUCUACGGAGGAGCUGUCCGCUUCAAGGGACGACGUAGACCUGUUUGAAGGCUCCUGGUGUGCGACUCUCCGCAGGAACAUCUGGAUUCGACUUGAGGAUCCAGGCUACUCCACUUCCGCCAAAGUGAUGGCUGUAGCCUCCCUAAGCGUGGUCAUCGUCUCUAUUGUCGCCAUGUGCGUCCACAGCAUGCCGGACUACCAUCAAGUGGAUCUCCACGAGAAGGAGAUUGAAAACCCAGUGCUGACUUUCUUCGAGAUCAUCUGUGUUCUGUACUUCUCCGCCGAGUUUAUUCUCCGCCUGGCUGUUGCGCCUUCAGCCAGGAAGUUCUUGUGCGGCCCCCUCAAUAUGAUCGACUUAUUGUCAAUCAUGCCCUUCUAUGUCACUUCGGCCUGUGAUGCAAUGGACAACGGGGAGAACACAGACCUGGAGAACGUCGGCAAGGUGGUGCAGAUCUUGAGGUUGAUGCGAGUGUUUCGCAUCCUAAAGCUGGCUCGCCACUCGGCCGGCCUCCGCUCUCUUGGCGCCACACUGCGCCACAGCUCCAGCGAAGUGGGGCAGCUGGUGCUUUUCCUGUCCGUGGGCAUUUCGAUGUUUUCCGCUCUCAUUUACUUUGUGGAGAAAGAAUCUCAGGAGUCGGAGCUGCAGACGAUGCCCAUUGGCUGGUGGUGGGCCACCAUUAGCAUGACUACAGUGGGCUACGGGGACACCUACCCCAUUACGCUGGCUGGGAAGCUGAUAGCAACCCUGUGCAUCCUCUGUGGGCUGCUGAUGGUGGCUCUGCCCGUUACUAACAUCUUCAAUAAAUUCUCCGCUUUCUAUGAGAGGCAAAGACGUAUAGAUCUCAGACGAAGCAAUAACUGA